AUGGCCUUAGAGUUGAGGGUAUUGGCAUUGUCGAGCAUCACCUACUCAAAGCAAGGCGAAAUACCUCUCGAUCAGGUCUUUCCAAGGUCGAAUCUCUGUGCAGAGAAUGGAUUAUCACCAUCUAGAAAUUCCGAGGCCGGCAUCUACACUAUGGAAAAUUUCGUAGCAACGGAGCCUGAGGCUGUCCUAGCAGGGACUUCCCGUACCCUAAAACCAGGAGAUGUGAUGGGACAGUCUAUGCGCAAGAUCAACGGAUUCGCUACGAUGCCGACAAACAUUUUCUCGCACCCAGGGGUAUUCCAGCGGAUGCUUGAAGGUGCUGGAUUCACGAAUGUGACUGCGCAGCAUUAUUCGGACAAUACCAAGCCUAUGACACGACUGUUUCACCUGAUUGCCUACAUUCCUCACCUUAUCGUCACGUUCCUCGGCUUGGAAAAAUACUUUAUUAAUACGAUAGCUGGAGUUCUUCAGUCUUACCGUGGCCGCAACCACUGGCGUAUCUGGCCCUCUCAGCAACGAAACGAAGCCGGGGGAACCUGUCGAAGGAGCAAAAGAUCGGUGAUUAUGCCCUCGAAACUCAACCUACGAUUCGUUUAA